AUGUCUUCCCCCCUCCCCACAAAAAUCGGCAUAAUCCUCUUCCCCGGCUUCCAACUCCUCGACGCCGCUGGCCCCCUCGACGCCUUCUCCCUACUGUCCCAACAACACCCCCUCGAAAUCUCCAUCCUCGGCGCCACAAUCUCCCCCAUCUCCACCGCACACGCCAUGCAAAGCUCCGGCGCAUGCAUCGUGCCGACGCACACGUUUGCGCAAGCAAGAGAACUGGGUCUGGAUGUGCUUGUAUUGCCGGGUGGGCUGGGCACGCGCACAGAAGAGAAUGUCAGGGAGGUGGUGGAGUUUGUGAAGAGUUUGGGGCCGGAAGGGGUGAGGUGGAUGUUGACGGUCAAGGCUAAGCACCCCGCCGUCCAAUGGGUGCCCAAAGCCCGCUGGGUCGUUGACGGGAAUAUCUGGACCAGCAGCGGGAUUUCCGCAGGCAUUGAUUUGGCAUUCGCGUGGAUCGCAGACGUGUUUGGUGAGGACAUAGCGCAGUUUGUUGCGGAUAGGAGUGAGUACGAGCGUAACGUAAACGCAAAUGAUGAUCGGUUUGCGGAGCGUUGGGGAGCUGUUUAG